GAAGGUGCUACGGAGAACUCCCAUCCUGCAGUGCGCUUCCGAAGGACGAUAACGUGGGGAUUGGAAAGCGGGAAGGAGAGAAUGGAAAGCCCGCAACGUCGGUUCGAAGGAAGGGAGCUAGAAGAGCGGAGCGACUUCUGUUGAAACUGGAUGAAGAAAAAGAAUGGAUAUGGGUAACCAACAUCCAUCUAUCAAAAGGCUGCAAGAAAUACAAAAAGAAGUCAAAGACUUUGAAUGUCAAGUCGUAGCCUUCAGUGGUUUGUCCAGUGAUAGAGCUUACAAGAAAUUAGAAAGGACUUUGACUAAACAGCUUUUUGAAAUAGAUUCUGUGGAUGCUGAAGGAAGAGGUGAUGUUCAGCAAGCCAGAAAGAGGGCUGCCCAAGAAACUGAGAAACUGCUUAAGGAACUAGAGCAGAAUGCAAACCAUCCCCAAAGGCUGGAGAUAGAAUCCAUAUUUAACGAGGCACAGGCAUUGGUGGAGCAGGAAAUCACUGCCUUUUAUAAAGGAGGCAACUGUGUAACUGAGGAAUUUGAAGAAGGUUUACAGGAUAUAAUUUUUAGACUCACUCAGGUAAAAACUGGAGGGAAAAUUUCUCUGCGGAAAGCCAGAUAUCGCACCCUGACCAAAAUAUGUGCUGUUCAAGAAAUUAUAAGUCAUUGUACAAAGCAGCAGCCUUCCCUGCCAUUGUCUAGUGAUGCACAUCCUUCUGUUUCCAAAAUUAAUUCUGUCAUAGGAGAUGUGAACAAAGCAAAAGGGACUCUUAUUGCUGUAUUAAUGGGAGUAAACAACAAUGAGACCUGUAGACAUUUAUCCUGUGUACUCACAGGUCUGAUUGCUGAUCUGGAUGCCUUGGAUGUAUGUGGUCACCCAGAAAUAAGAAACUAUCGUAAAGAAGUAGUGGAAGAGAUCAAUAGAUUGCAAAAAUAUCUGGAUCUGGAAGAAGAAGCAGAUUCCACUUAUGCUUAUGACUUGGCACAAAACGGAUCCAUUAUAAAAAUAGAAGAAAUACGCAAUAACAUGAAAGAAGUUAAAGGUUCCCUUUUAAAAAUAGAGAAAGCUUCAGAUUUGUAUCUAAAGUCAAAGACAGAGUUGCAGGGGUUAAUCGCCCAGUUGGAUGAAAUAAGUCCAGGCAAUAAUCCCUGCAUCCGAGAAGCCAGGAGGCGAGCCGUGAUAGAAGUGCAAACCCUCAUAACUUAUACUGACUUAAAGGAAGCACUUCUUAAGCAACAAGCCUUUGUAGAGCAAACAGAAACAGAAACAGACGUCUCAUCACAAAAAGCAAUUUGGAAUAUUCUUGGAAACGUAGCUCAGAUUCAGCAAGAGGUGUUGUCUUUUGAUGGGAACAGAACUGAUAAGAACUACAUGCGGCUAGAGGAGCUCCUCACCAAACAGCUUCUAGCACUUGAUGCUAUAGAUCCUCGAGAUGAGCGUUCAAAAGUAUCCAGGAAACAGGCAGUGAAGCUUGCACAGAACAUUCUUUACUAUUUGGACAUGAAAACUGAUGAAUGGGAGUACUAAAAUAAUAUUGGUCUUGUGUGCUAGAUGUUGGUUUCUCUCUUGCACUUUAUAACAGCCAGUCUCCCUGUUACUAUAAGACUAACAGUUCCAUCAUUUGCUCAUCUGUUUGAGGUUGAGUAAAAGUUGGACUGGGUUAAGCAGCAACUUUUUCCUGCUCGUGCAAUCAGGCAGUGAAGGCAGUCCAAUUAUGUUACAAUUUUUGUCAUAGCCUGUUUUCUGUUGUUUGCAUGAUUUGUGAAGAAGACUCCCAAAACUGCAUCUCCAGCUGUUGCCUAAAGCUUUCUAUAUAAAAUUCUACACCAAGACAAAAUACAGUCUUGUAAAAUCAAAGCAAAAUUAAUGAGAAAAUCCAGUGCAAAUGUCAGUCAGCCUUAAACCAGUUUAGAUGUUUGCAGUUGUCUGGUUCAAUCCAGUCGCAAUCCAAAGGAUUAAAUGCAAAUUACUCAUGGCUGUUUUGUGUGUUUGAUUUAAUCUUGCUGAUCUUUCAUCUGAGAUUUUUUUAAAUAUCUGAAAUAUAGAUAUAAAUCGUAAUUGCAUACUUUCUUCUGAUUUCCAUAGGAUUAUUUCAGAAUUAACAGAGUUACAGUCGAUCACCUUGCACAUUCUGGAAUUCUCAUUAUGUAACAGCGUUCCGUGCGCCUUUGGCGUUUAGUCAUGACAGCCACAUGACCACGGAGAUGUCUUCAGACAGCUCUGGCUCUUCAGCUUUGAAACGGAGAUGAGCACUGCCCCCUAGAGUCGGGAAGGACUAGUACAUUUGUGCAAGGGGAACCUUUACCUUUUUAAACUAGAAGAACACCAGAAUAUAGAAAUGGUACUUUAAAGAUAGAAUGCACAGCAUAAGUUGAAUAUAUAUUUUCUGAAUUAUGGUGAACUUUUCAGUAAUCAAUGAUUCUGAAUUUGGGAUCUUAAUAGCUGUGUAGAUAUUUUCCUUUAAUUUUGUGAUGAUUUGGUAGAUAUUGGGCAACUUGUCAAACAUUCCUUUGCAUUUUUUAGAUUGAUUCAUCAAUUCUUUCUCCAGACUAAGCUUGACACAAAAAUGUUACUUUUUCUAAGAUUUCAUGUGCUGCUAUUAUAGCUUAAGAGUGUUGUUUAAAACUGUUUUAUUUUCCAAAUGGCUGUUCAUGAUUUAUGAAGGCAGCAGAUAUUUCUUUUAACUUUUUAAAUCUUUCAAUCCAUCAAAAUGACUAAACAUUUCAGAAAACAGAAUUUAAAAAAUAAAAGCAUUGUUAUAUAUUACUUUAACUAUCCUGAAUAGGUUAUAUGUACUAUUCCUAAGUAUACAAGAAAAAGUUGCUUUAGUUUUUUUAACAUUUUGUCCUCUAUUACCUUUUUGUUUUCACUGAAGUCUCAUAAUUCAUUAACAGUAUCUGAUAAUAUUUUUGAAUACAUUAAACCUAAGUCAGUUUAGCAAUAAUUUUUCCCUGUUGCUAUUCGGAAUAGGAGAAAUCAACAGCAAUUAUAUUUUUAGAAUGCAUUGUUAGUAUCAUCCAGAAAUCUGCAGUCGAUUAAUAUGUAGAAUAACAUGUUUCUAAUCCAAUCUCCAUAUAAUAAUCAAAAUUAUUGGCUUGUAGAAUAUUAUUUCUACAAUACAUGAUUAAUGCAUGCUGAGAUAUUACACUGAUGUCUAUGAAUAAAGUUUUAGUAUAGAAUUAAAAGGCAUAAGGCUUAUUCUUCAGAAACAAGUGCCUUUUAAAUGACCUUUGAAUUUGUAGCACCUUGUAGCUUAUGACUGCUGUAGUUUACUUCAUGGUGUUUUUCAGUGAAGUUUUUUCUGUAGUAUGGAUUACAUCAGUUACAGCUUUAAAAAAGCUAUCAUAUUUGUAAGUCUCUACUGUGAUAUUAGCAAACGCCUAAAACCUUGAUGACGGCAACCUCCAUUUUGCUUAGUUUUGUCCUUGGCCUAGUCUCAUUGGCUCAAUUCUCUGAUCUCUUCGUGUGUUUCAUUUCUGUAAGAUGUAAAAAAGAGUAGUAGCUCAAUUUACUUUAAAAUUAAUUUUGAUCUUGUUGCACAAAAAGUGUUUUUAAAGCUUGAUGUAUUUUUGUUAUUCUAAUAUUUUGGUGAAUCUGUGUCAAUGAACAGUUAAUAAGAGUCCAAAAUGGACUAAUAAGCAUUUUGUUAACUUCAUCAUCAGCAACUUCAUGUUGUCCUUUUUCUCAUUGCUUAAAAUGAUUACUUCUAUCUUUUUGUACUGUUCUAGUUUGGGUCCUUAGUAAAUUGUCUACCAUAUCGGAUUAAGAUAUUUACACUUGAAUUAGAAGUUUUCAUUCUACUUACAUGAUUUUGAUCCCACACCCUGCACACGUAGUUUCCACAUGGUUUGGAUUCCCCAUUAAUAUAACUUUCAAGACAGUAAUACAAGUGUUUUUCUUCCAGUCUCUUUUCCCCUUCUUCCACUUCCAUGUGGAAGCUAUUGCUUAUUUGAGUACUCUGAAAUGAGAUGGCAGAUUAGACAUGUAUUUUUUAGGGAACAAAUAAAUAAUUGGCUGUGUAUCUACUUGUCCCUCAGCUCACAGAAAACUCUUCACAGAAGAUACCUUUGUGAAAGGAAGAGAAAGAUGAUUACUGCUGAUUCUCCUCUCUCUUUACUUCCCUGGAUUCCAUAAAAUAAGCUUCAGUGUUUGGGGAACAGCAUUACAUUUGAUGUUGAAAAUUGUAGCAGAAAGAAAGUUUAUAUUUGGAUUUAGUUUUUAUGCUGUUUAUGCUUCAGAAACAUUCUUAAUAUUGGUUACUAGUGACUGCAGGUAGUACCUUGUAUGGAAAAAAAAUCUUUUCAGUAAAUUCUAACUAGUGGAAGAGGAGAAAGUCCUUUAUUCCCAUGUAGUUCUGAAGGAGUCUAGCAAUCAUUUGGGGGAACUUUCUGGAAUCACAUAGAGAGUGGUUUA